AUGGAUGUGGAUGUGACCGGUCUCGAGGAUGGAGUGAAGAUGGACGGAGAGAAGACGGAGGGAGUUAAGCUGAAGGGAGAGAAGGCGGAGGAAGAGCCGCUCGCCGAUAUGAGCUGGGAGCGAAUAACCGACCAGGACCUAGAAAACGGCAUCCGCGGGAUCGUGAAUUCGGAUAACAUCACGAGCAUGACAAAGCGUAUCCUGCGCCACGAAUUGGAGCAACAUUUCGGACUGCCCGAGAACUCCCUACUGCCGGCGAAGGAUCGGAUCAAAAACGUGUUAACACGGGUAGUGAACGAAGUGGACCAAGUGUCGCCAUCUUCGUCAGAAUGCGUGCCGCGGAAGAAACGGGUGCGUAAAGAAGCUGAGGACUCAGAGGGGUCCAGCGCGGGGGAACAGCAACGAAGCGCCAAGCGCAGCAACCGAAGGUCUGCUACGGGGCCAAUGACCAAAGCUCAGUUCAUGGACAACGCCGUAACUUUCAAAAGCCAAAUCGGUCCUGUCGAAUUCGACCUGGCUCCGCGGAAAUUCAGCACCGGCUCCUGCGGCUGGUUCUACGGCUCCAAACACGACUUGAUGGUAGGCGACGUACCUGUCACUUGCCGAUUUACUCUCAACUGCAUCGCGCUCGGCUCCAAAAAUUGGCCAAACGGCAAGUCCAAGGUCGCAGCACAAUCUGAUAGUAAUGAAGAGGAAAAUGACAUCGAAGAAGAAGAAUAA